UCCUUCGUUCCUUCCAAGGGCCGGCCAUGAUGAGGGCGCCUCUCCUCUCCUUCGUCCUCGUCCUCGGCGUCGCCGCCGCCGUGCCCCUAGUCCCGGUGGUGUGCACCUCGCGGUCCGAGAGCAAGGGUGACGGAGCAGCUACCGCCGCCGGCGAGCAACCUGGCUCUGUCAAGCCCUUGUCCUUCUACGAAUAUGGACCACCGGAGAAGGCUACUGACAAGGCCAUGGAGCAGAUCGUUGACGCGCAAGCCACGCCGGCGGUGACCGCCGACACCGACCAGAAGUCCAAUGCAGAAGCUGACACGGCCACAGCCUCGGCUACGGAGGAGCAGACCUUGAACGCGCAAGCUUCGCCGGCGGUGCCCGCCGACACCUAUGAUCAGAAACCUGACAAAUAUGUUGCGUCGUCUCUAGUUCCUGCUAAGGAGGAGGAGGAAACUCCUGCGGAGGUAAAGAAGGAAAAAAAGGAGAAGUCGGAUUAUUUGGAUGAAUCUACAUCAUCCAAGAAGGAAAAGAAGGAGAAAUCUGAUGAUUCUGAUGUAUCUACAUCUUCCAAGAAGAAAAAGAAGAAGGCCAAGACUGACGAUUCUGACGAAGAUGCAUCUCUUACUAAGAAGGAAAAGAAAGAGAAGAAACACAAGAAGCACAAAUCCGAUGAUGAUGAUUUGGACAGUACAUCUCCCAAGAAACACAAGAAGGAGAAAUCCAUUGAUUCGGAUGCAUCUUCAUAUCUUCAGAAGGAAGAGGAGAAAUCCGGCGGCGAUUCGGACGAAGCCACGUCUCUUAAAAAGCACAAGAAGGAGAAGAAAAACAAGAAGAAGAAGGAGGAGAAAUCCGGUGAGAACGCCGACGAGGACGACGCUGCGCCAGUCGACGUCUCCACGGACGGGCAAUAUGUGUCUCCCUCUUCCAAGGAGGAGAAAUCCGACGAGGAUGACGCCAUGCCGGUCGACGUCUCCACCACCACCGGCCAAUACGUGUCUUCUCCGAAGUCCAAGGGAGGAGAGCGUCAGGUCUCCACCCCUACGGAUGCAUACACGUCUCCCGACGAGCUUCCUCCGGCGGCCAAGAGCUCCACCACCUCCGAUGCAUACGCACCUCCAAAGCAACAGGUCGUCAGCAGCAGCAGCAGCAGCAGCCAGCCCAUAGCCGGUGGUUCUCCCGACGAGCUUCCGCCGGCGGCCAAGAGCUCCGCCACCGCCGACCCGUACUUAUCUUCAAAGCAUCAGGUCGUCAGCAGCCAGCCCAUGGCCGGUGGCGCUCCCGACGAGGUUCCGCCGAACGUGGCCGCCAACGGGCAGCCGAACUUGCCGGCGGCGGGGAAUAAGCCGAAGCUGUCGAUGGGGACGUUAUCGGGGAUGAUCAAGAAGCCGAUCGCCAAGUUCCUGAGCCCGGUGAUCAAGAGCGUGUGCGCCAAGACGGAGUACCCGGUGGACUGCGAGGCGUCGAUCGGCGGGCUCCCCGGGGCGGCGUCGGCGGCGGCGACGGACAGCGUGGGCGUGCUGAAGCUGGCCAUGGAGGCGGUGCGGCAGAAGGUGAUCGUGGCGAUGAACGCGGCGACGGACCGGAUGAACGCGCCGGGCGUGGACGGGACGACCAAGGACGCGCUGGACUCGUGCACGUCGUCGUACAGCGACAUCAAGACGAGCUUGGACUCGGUGGACGACGCGCUCAAGCGCGGCGACGUCGACACGGCGCACACCAACCUCGACUCGGUGGAGACGGACCUCACCACCUGCGACGACGGCUUCCAGGAGCACGGCAUCCCGUCGGUGAUGACCGACCAUGACCAGGAGCUCCAGAAGCUCGCCAGCAACCUCCUCUCCAUCGGCGCCGCCAUCCAUCGCUAGAAAGGGAUCGGAGAAGGGAUCAGAAGGGAGGAGGUGGCCGUGUGCAGGCGUGCGUUCAUGCAUGCUUGCAUUGCGUUUUCAUCUCAAGAAUGAAUUUUCGGUUGUAAAAUCUGUAACCGAGGAAGAAAAACACCUCGAUUAACCAUGCAUAGCUGCUAUGAUUCUGUGAUUCGACGAGACGAUGUUAAUUAAUCUGCAGCUUUCACUAUGUAUAACAGUAUAUAUGAUUGUGUGAAUGUUUCGGAAAAAAACUAGUAGUAUAUAAUAUUUGUGAAUUGUCA